CACACACACACAGAGCUUAGAGGGAGACUCGCUUGUGUCAGAGCUGAACUGCAGUGAGGAAGAGGAGUAGGAGGGGCGGAGAGAAACGUUCCUGGGAAUUAAUAACAGAGAGGCAGGAGGAGGGGCAGGUGCACACAGGUGAAUUGCUGGACCAUGAAGGCAGCAUUCAGAUUGCUUCUUCUCCUCAUCCUUGUGUUGAUCUCUGAAGUGAACGGGCAGAGGAGGAAGCCCGGGCGGAAGCCCGCCCGCCCGACUCCUGAGCCAGUCGAGCCAACAGAGCUGCCUCCGCCCCUGCCGCCAGGCCCCCCCUCCAUCUUCCCGGAUUGCCCCAGAGAAUGCUUUUGUCCUCCAGACUUCCCCUCAGCCCUCUACUGUGACAGCCGCAACCUGAGGAAGGUGCCCCUCAUCCCUCCCAGGAUCCACUACCUCUAUCUCCAGAACAACUUCAUUGACAGCCUCCCAGAGGAGUCCUUCAAGAAUGCCACGGAGCUGAGGUGGGUCAACUUGGACAACAACCGCAUCAAGAAGUUGGACCGGCGGGUGAUGGAGCAGUUGGGCAGCCUAGUCUUUCUGUACAUGGAGAAGAACCAGCUCAAGGAAGUGCCAUCUUUCCUGCCAGCCAACCUGGAGCAGCUGCGUCUGAGCAGGAAUCAGAUCUCCAAGAUCCCCUCUGGGGUUUUCAACAAGCUGGAGCACCUGGUCCUCCUGGACCUGCACCACAACAAGCUGAGUGAUGGAGUCUUCAAUAAAAACACCUUCAGGGGGCUCAAGAACCUCAUGCAGCUCAACCUAGCCCACAACAUCCUGCGGAAGUUGCCUCCUGGGCUGCCCAGUGCUGUCCACCAGCUCUUCCUAGACAGGAACAACAUUGAGGACAUCCCUGAUGACUACUUCAAAGAAUUCCCCAAUCUGGCCUUCCUCAGGCUCAACUACAAUCAGAUUUCUGACAAAGGGCUGCCCAAGAACUCCUUCAACCUCAGCAACCUUCUGGUGCUGCAACUGGCGCAUAAUAAGCUCACCACUAUGCCCUUCAUCAACCCCAAACUGGAGCACCUCUACCUAAACGACAAUUCCAUUGAAAAAAUCAACGGGACCCAGAUUUGCCCCACCUCCCUGGUCACCUUCCAAGAGUACUCCUCAGAUCUAGAAAAUGUGCCCCGGCUCCGCUACCUGCGCUUGGACGGCAACCAACUGAAACCUCCUAUCCCCUUGGACCUCAUGAUGUGCUUCCGGCUCCUACAGUCAGUCGUGUUUUAACUCUCCCAGCAGUGCCACUCUUCCGGGACUUUGGCUUUGCGCAGACAAUUGACUCCAGUCUAUGUCAGACACUUGGAAAAUAUCUUGUUUCCCCAUUCAACCCACCCCACUCACCCCUCAACGCUCUGUCUCCUCUUCCUCCUCCCUCUCUUUCCUCUUUCCUCAGCUGCAAGGAGCCCCGUCGCCAUCAGGUGCUGCACAGUACCACCCUGUGGAUGCUGCAUGUAUCUUAUAGGAGUGCGCUUCCUGUCGGAUAUCUGUAGUGCCCACACAAUGGCACUGUGCCACAAUAAGCAUCCAAGGCCUUUGUGUAAAUGGGGCCCUUUCACGCCUACCCUUUAGGUUAAAGUCAGAGAAGAGAUACCUGCUCAAAUGCCCCCCACUUAUACCUAGCAGGCAACUGCCUUUCCUUCCCAGGUCUGUACAUCUUCCAGCCAUAGGAACCAUCUUCAGGUGGACCUGGUCUUUGUAGGUCUAUCAGCAUCUCCUCCCAACUCCAGCAGACAGUGGUACGUCAGCUUUGUUUUGGGAGCACCCAGUGAUGGAGGGGUUAUCUGGCAGAUGGGAGGGGCAGGGGACCUGGAACUGGACAAUGAUCUGAGGCAAUUAUAGCUGCUUUAUGAGGCAAGGCAAUUUCAUCCCCAAAGCUGCAAUAUCUGGCAAAAUAACCCAAGUUGUCUUGGGCACCAAGAUCUGGUUCAGGUGCUUCUCUUCCAAGGGCACAGAAUUCAUUCGAGGUGGGCGUUGGGAAUCCAGGUCAGGUUCUACUUCUUUCCAAGUCCUCAAGUCUCCUCCUUGGCCCAAAAUGGUGCAGCUCACACUUCACUUUGGACGAUCCUAAGGAAACCCAGUGGGUUUGCUCAGCCAUUGUGUCUUCGGGUGACAUUGGUGCUGGACUCACCCACCAACUUCAUGCCAAAGAAAGCUGAUGAAACCUCAGAGGUUCCCCACUGAGCAGAAGAUUCUGGGUACAGACACCAUAUAAGCAUGUGGCAGACAUGCAGAGCCCUUGAGCAGGUUGAACUUAUUCACAUGGAAGAAAAUUCAUACAAACAAGCAACUUCCUCACCCACAUGGCAGCUUCUUGCUGCACCAUGCUGGAUUCUAUCACAAUUCAUGGCAGCCAGGGUUACCAGCAGGUCCCCAUUGCCAAAUCAGAUAGACCCAUAAGGUCCCACAUUAAAACCCUGUGGAUUAUAAGAAUCCUGGUGGAGUAUCCCUUUCAUGUACGCACCCACCAGUUUGCCCUUGUGUCAGAGCAGUAUGGGCAUCAACCAUCACUGAGAACUUUUAAAUCAAGAUUGGAUGGUUUUCUAAAAGCUCUGCUCUAGGAAUUACUUUGGGGCAGUUCUCUGGCCUG